AUGGCUCAUUUGUCUUCGUCUGAGUUGCCGCGCUCUGCAUCCGAUGGUGAUGCAAAGCCUUCCGAUCCUUAUACGCAUGUACUUCCUGGACCAUAUAGGUGGGAGGUACUUCGUAAGAGGACACAGGGCACCCACGUUUCACAGCUUGUGUGGAACGAGGAUAAGGUUAGGGGGUUAAAGACUCGACGCGAGAAAUUACAGGGUGGACCCUGUUAUGAUGAUAUUUCAGACGUCGUGGCUGACUAUCUGACACAUGCUGAUUUCAUACACGUGGCACGUAUGAGUCAUAUUCAGGACGUGGCUGAUAUACUUGGAUUGCCUACUGACGGGCAGGCAGUUACCAAACAAACUGCGUUGGAUUGGACCGUAGUGUGUCAGCAGGUUUUUGGGAUUGCCCCAGUUGUGGGCAGAGACAUAUUUGGUGGCGAUCUACGUAUUUCAUACAUGGAUAGAUUAUAUGCUGACUGGGGCCUAGUUGUGCAUGAUCUUGAGGAGGUGAGGCGUUACUCCCGGGCACACAUUUUGCGCUAUUAG